AUGGCUUAUAUCUGUGUUUUUUUUUUAAUAAAUUUCGUGUACAGAUUCGGACUGAACGAUGAACAAAAAAGAGCGUUUGAAAAAGUGAGAAUAUAUUUUGGAAGCCACAGCGAAAGUAUACCAAUGUCGUUCGUGCUCGGAUUUUACGUUACUCUAGUCGUCGGAAGGUGGUGGCAACAAUACAAGCUGUUACCCUGGCCUGAUACUUUAGCACUCUUCGUCAGCGCGGCCAUACCCGGAGCGGAUGAAAAAGGUCGUUUGAUGAGGAGAAACAUUGUUCGCUACGCUCUUCUAUCAUAUGUGAUAACGUUGCAAAAAGUCAGUUUAAGAGUUAAAAAACGAUUUCCGUCGUGGCAGCACAUGGUGGAUGCUGGGAUAAUGAUGGACAGCGAGAAGAAAAUAUUCGAUCUUAUGGACGCGGAAAACAAAGUCAUGUCGAAAUAUUGGCUUCCUCUCGUUUGGGCGACAAACAUAAUAACGAGAGCGAGAAAGGAAUCGUUGAUAAGCAGCGAUCACCUCGUGCAAACGAUACUCAUGGAACUGUCGGACAUAAGGAGACGAUUGGGAUCCCUCAUAGGAUACGACACCGUUUGCUUGCCUUUGGUUUACACUCAGGUAGUUACGUUGUCCGUUUAUUCGUAUUUCAUAGUCGCACUUUUGGGACGUCAAUUCGUGAGUCCGGACAAGAUACCCAAAACGACGGAUAGUAAAUUCGUCGACGAAAUAUUUUUUCCACUCUUCACGACGCUUCAGUUUUGCUUCUACGUCGGAUGGUUGAAAGUUGCUGAGGUUCUCAUAAAUCCAUUCGGUGAAGAUGACGACGAUAUCGAACUCAAUUGGUUAAUCGACAGGCAUUUGAAGGCUGCUUAUAUGAUCGUCGAUCAAAUGCACGAGGAACAUCCGGAAUUGUUCAAGGAUCAAUAUUGGGAAGAAGUCGUACCGAAGGAUUUGCCUUACACGGUCGCGUCGGAGUGUUAUAGGAAAUCCGAGCCGAAAGGUUCGGCGGAAAAUUACAAAGUCAAAGAAGCGGAUUCGAUAUAUUCAAAUUUGCUUGCUCCCACGGCUCACGGCAGAAAAGUGCCACAGGGGGAAGACAUGUACGGGGAACACCCGGAUUUAGAUUAUGAAACAGUGGAUACGCCGAUGGUGGUACGUAAAAACUGGUUUCAACGUCAGAUGCAUCGAAUGGGAUCAUUGCGAUCCACUUCGACGAGCUAUUCUUCGGGUCGUCUUUUCGCCAGGACAAGACACAAUUCCGUUUAUUCGAGUCCCGAAUCGGGCUUACCAAUAUCCGUGACGUUAAACGGCGACGGGAGUGCGAAUCCCAAUGCUAUAGUUUUACAAAAUCAAAAAAUGUCGCUCUACGAUAGAUUAGUCGGUAGGAAAUCGUCUAGGGGACCGCAAAAGAAACCAGUAUCGCUUAAAAAUCGUCCGAGAAUACCGACUCCGGAUGUGACGAAAGAAGUCAUGGCUCAGGAGAGUAAAAUGAGCGCGACGCCAACUUCCCCAUUGGCGACGAAUCCUCCUCCAUUUAGUCAAGCUCCGACCGGGUAUCACGCCGACAUGGCUCCCGUUCUUCAAGUCGUUUUAUCUCCCAUACAAGAAUUGGAGGGAACGUCGACGAUGGUCACGGGACCCGGAGGAACGGCGGCUCUGGCUCAGGCCGUCCUAUCGCCGGCUCUCACGAGCGCCGGAUUGGGACCCAUGGCGAUAAGUCCGACGUCCGUGACUCUCACUCCGGUCAUUAGCUCCGGAAAUCAAUUUUUAACGUCGCUCAUGUUGACGCCCACGCCGACGAGUUCGCCCUCACCGACGAGAGCGAGUUUUGCCAAUUCCGGACAGGAUGCGACGAGGAAAAUAACGCCGCCCAAAUCUCCGACCAUCGUGACGGAGUUGGCGACGCCGUCCGACGACGGUAGCGGUGGAAACGUGAACAUGGGAAGUACCGGGGGUAGCAUAGGUAGUAGCAGCAACAGUAGUAGUAGCGGAUCAAAUUCGGGUAAAAAAUCUUCUUGA